GAAGAACACACCCAGUGACAUCAGUGAGUUCUGAAGAAGAAGAAAAAGUCUCCGGAAAGUUCUGGAACCAACCCGUCCGGACCGCGCGUAAAGUUUUCUCCGAGAGACGCGUUUUCUCAGCAGAGGAUGUCAACUUCAGACGACACAGACGGGCUCCGGCCGAGAUAUGGCUCGGUUCUGGAUGGCGUCGAGCGGCUCACAGCCGAGGAGAUGGAUGAGCGGCGGCAGCAGAACAUGGCCUACGAGUACCUGUGUCACCUGGAGGAGGCCAAAAGAUGGAUGGAGGCCUGUCUGGACGAGGAGCUGCCUCCCACCACGGAGCUGGAGGAGGGGCUCAGGAACGGCGUCUAUCUGGCCAAACUGGGAAACUUCUUCGCCCCGCGCACCGUCUCCCUCAAGAAGAUCUACGACCGCGAGCAGACGCGUUACAAGGCCACUGGUCUCCAUUUCAGACACACAGACAACGUCAUCCAGUGGCUCAACGCCAUGUCAGAGAAGGGACUGCCAAAGAUCUUCUACCCUGAAACCACAGACAUAUAUGACAGAAAGAACAUGCCACGCUGCAUCUACUGUAUACACGCACUCAGUCUCUACCUGUUCAAGCUCGGCCUGGCCCCUCAGAUCCAGGACCUGUACGGAAAAGUGGAUUUCACUGAGGAGGAGAUCAACAACAUGAAGAGUGAGCUGGAGAAGUAUGGCAUCCAGAUGCCCGCCUUCAGCAAGAUUGGCGGGAUCCUGGCCAAUGAGCUGUCCGUGGACGAGGCUGCAUUACACGCUGCUGUGAUCGCCAUCAACGACGCCAUCGACCACGGCAUCCCGGAGGGCACGAUGGCCGCCAUGCAGAACCCCAACGCCAUGCUGGUCAACCUGGAUGCAAACAGCGCUCGUCAGUACCACGACACACUUUACCAGGCCAAAGGAGAGAAGGUGGCCAACUCACGCAAACGGCAAAUGGAGAAUGCCGAUGCGGAGAGAGACAUCUACGACGAGCUCCUCACGCAGGCAGAAAUCCAGGGCAACGUCAACAAGGUCAACGUGAGCAACGCCUUGAGUGCAGCGGAGCAGGCGCUGCUGAGCGGCGAUGAGGAUAAACUGUAUGAGGCCCUGAAAGCCAUGGGCGUCCAGAACCUGCAGGCCCAGAACAAAGGCUGGUACCUCAAACAGCUGCAGGCCGACCGAGAGAAUAAAGAGCAGCUGUCUCCAGGAGAAGUUCUGACGAAGGAUGAGCUGCAGAGCGGCGUCGACGUGGCCAAUGAGAUCGCGGCAGGCUACCAGAAGAUGCUGAAGGCAGUGGAGCGCAUCAACGCUGCCAUCAGGGAGGGCGUUCCAGAGAAGACGGUGGAGGAGCUGAUGAACCCCGACGCUCAGCUGCCCGAGGUGUACCCCAGUGCUGCAGACCUGUACCAGAGAGAGCUGGUCAGCCUGCAGCAGCAAAGCCCGGAGGGCUCGCUGUCCCACCCAGAGCUGCUUGUUGCCGUGGAGAUGCUGUCGGCCGUGGUGCUGAUGAACGAGGCGCUGGACGUCGGAGACCGAGCCGCCCUCUGGAAGCAGCUGUCCAGCUCCGUCACUGGCCUCAGCAAUGUGGAGGAUGAAUAUGCACAGAGGUACAUGGAUGAACUGAUGCGUCUGAAGGCAGCAGCCAGAGAGGAGGGCAGCGACUACCUGACCUGGAACGACAUUCAGGCCUGUAUCGACCAGGUCAACCUGACUGUGCAGGAGGAGCAUGAACGUAUUGCCGCCAUCGGCCUGAUCAACGAGGCCCUGGAUGAAGGCGACCCCACCAAGACCCUGGCCAUGCUCCAGAACUCCUCCGCCAAGCUCACAGACGUGGACCCGUCGGUGGCUCAGCACUACCAUGACAUACUGCUGGAGGCCCGCAGGGAGAAGGCUCAUGAGACCCAGGACCCGUCUGCUGUGCUGUGGCUGGAUGAGAUCCAGGAUGCCAUUCUGAGGGCUAACCAGGACACGAAGGAGGCCCUGCAGUUCUCACAGUCCAUCCAGGCCAUCAAUGAGGCUGUGGACCAGGGAGAUCCGGCUCAGACCCUGGCAGCUCUGCGUAGCCCCGGAGCUGGACUGUACGGUGUCACCUCCGAGUGUGCUCAGACCUACCAGGACGACCUGAGCAAGACCCAAGCGGAGAAGAAGGCAGAAGGUGAUAAUGGCAGUGAGUGGGUGAAACACUGGGUGAAGGGAGGACACAACUACUACUUCAACCUGAAUACCAAGGAGGGCACCUGGGUGGAGCCCGAGGGCUUCGUCCAGAACAACACCCAGCUCAACAAGGAGGACAUCCAGUCGGUGGUCUCCGGGGUAACCACGGCCUACAACCGAGAGCAGCUGUGGCUGGCCAAUGAGACGCUAAUCGCCAAGCUGCAGGCUCGUUGCCGUGGCUACCUGGUGAGAAAAGGCCAGAAGGAGAGGAUGGACUUCCUGACAUCCCAAGACCCGGCUGUGACCUGCAUACAGGCUCACUGGAAAGGUUACAAACAGAGGAGGAAGUUCAAAGACCGUAAACAGUAUCUGAAGGACCACAGUGACGAGGCUGUCAAGAUCCAGUCGAUGGUUCGGAUGCACCAAGCUCGUAAGAAGUACAAGGAUCGUCUGAAGUACUUCCAAGACCACAUCAAUGAAGUGGUGAAGAUUCAAGCUUUCAUCAGAGCCAACAAGGCCAGAGACGACUACAAGACGCUCAUCAACGCUGACGAUCCUCCGAUGGCGGUUGUGAGGAAGUUCGUCCACCUGCUGGACCACAGCGACCAGGACUUCCAGGAGGAGCUGGAGCUGAUGCGGCUCCGCGAGGAGGUGAUCACCAACAUCCGCUCCAACCAGCAGCUGGAGAACGACCUGAACCUGAUGGACAUCAAGAUCGGCCUGCUGGUGAAGAACAAGAUCACGCUGCAGGAGGUGGUGUCCCACAGCAAGAAGCUGACCAAGAAGAACAAGGGCCAGCUGUCCGACAUGAUGAUGAUGAACAAACAGAGGGGAGGCCUGAAGGCCCUCAGCAAGGAGAAGAGGGUCAAACUGGAGGCCUACCAGUAUCUCUUUUACCUGCUACAGACCAACCCCACGUAUCUCGCCAAGCUGAUCUUCCAGAUGCCCCAGAAUAAAUCCACCAAGUUCAUGGACUCUGUGAUCUUCACCCUGUACAACUACGCCUCCAACCAGAGAGAGGAGUACCUGCUGGCCAAGCUCUUCAAAACUGCCCUGCAGGAGGAAAUCAAGUCGAAGGUGGACCAGAUGAAGGAGAUCGUCACCGGGAACCCGACAGUCAUCAAGAUGGUGGUGAGCUUCCACCGAGGUGCGCGAGGGCAGAACGCACUGCGGCAGAUCCUGGCUCCGGUCGUCAAGGAGAUCAUGGAUGACAAAUCGCUAAACAUCAAGACGGACCCGGUGGACAUCUACAAGAGCUGGGUCAACCAGAUGGAGACGCAGACCGGAGAGGCCAGUAAGCUGCCGUAUGACGUGACUCCGGAGCAGGCUAUGGCCCACGAGGAGGUGAGGACGAGACUGGAAGCCUCCAUCAAGAACAUGAAGACCAUCACCGACAAGUUCCUGUCGGCCAUCAUCGUCUCAGUGGACAAAAUCCCAUACGGGAUGCGUUUCAUCUCCAAGGUGCUGAAGGACACCCUGCACGAGAAGUUCCCAGACGCUACCGAGGAUGAGUUGCUCAAGAUUGUGGGGAACCUCUUGUAUUACCGCUACAUGAACCCGGCCAUCGUGGCCCCCGACGCCUUUGACAUCAUCGAGGUGUCGGCGGGCGGCCAGCUGACCACCGAACAGCGGCGAAACCUGGGCUCCGUCGCCAAGAUGCUGCAGCACGCCGCCUCCAAUAAGAUGUUUCUGGGAGACAACGCCCACCUCAAUCCCAUCAAUGAAUAUCUCAGUGCCUCCUAUCAGAAGUUCAGGCGAUUCUUCCUGGCAGCGUGUGACGUUCCCUCACUUGAAGAUAAGUUCAACGUGGAUCAGUACUCCGACCUGGUCACCGUCACCAAACCCGUCAUAUACAUCUCCAUCGGAGAGAUAAUCAACACUCACACACUGCUGCUGGACCAUCAGGACGCCAUCGCACCGGAGCACAACGACCCGAUCCACGAGCUGCUGGAGGACCUGGGCGAGGUUCCCACCGUCGAGUCUCUCAUUGGUGAAAAUCCUCUUCCUCCCGACGACCCCAACAAGGAGCUGAUGGGCAAAACCGAAGUUUCUCUCACACUCGCCAACAAAUUUGACGUCCCCGGUGAGGCCAAUGCAGAGAUGGACGCCAGGACUCUCCUGCUCAACACCAAGAGGCUCAUCGUGGAUGUGAUCCGGUUCCAGCCUGGGGAGACUCUCACUGAGAUCCUGGACUCCACUGCGAGCACCGAACAGGAAGCAGAAUACCAGCGCGCCAUGCAGAGGAGAGCCAUCAGAGACGCCAAAACUCCAGAGAAGAUGAAGCAGGUCAAACCGGUGGUGGACGACAGCCUGACGCUGCAGGGCAAGAAGGACAAGAUCAAGAGCAACCUGCAGAGGCUGGCGGAGCUGGGGAAGGUUGACCCGCAGAACCGCUACCAGGACCUGAUCAACGACAUCGCCAAGGACAUCAGAAAUCAGCGGCGGUAUCGUCAGCGCCGGAAAGCUGAGCUGGUCCGACUUCAGCAGACGAACACUGCGCUGAAUUCAAAGACCAAUUUUUAUAACGUUCAGAUUGAUUCUUACAAUCAGUAUAUCAAGACGUGCAUGGACAACCUGGCCAGCAAGGGCAAGCUGUCAAAGAAACCAGGCGACAACAAGACCAAGAAGAGUAAACAGGUUUCACAGAAGUACACCGCCUCCCGCCUCCACGAGAAGGGCGUGCUGAUCGCCAUAGAGGACCUGCAGCCAAACCAGUUCAAGAAUGUUAUUUUUGAGAUUUCUCCGUCAGAGGCCGUUGGAGUUUUCGACGUGAAGGCCAAGUUAAUGGGCGUGCACUUGGAGACAUUACAGUUAGAAUACCAGGAUCUCCUCCAGCUGCAGUAUGAAGGCGUGGCGGUGAUGAAGCUGUUCGACAGGGCCACCAUCAACGUCAACCUGCUCAUUUUCCUGCUCAACAAGAAAUUUUACGGAAAAUAGAAAAAAAGAGAAAAGGAUAAAAGGGCUAAAGACACUGAUUUAAACCACAAAACCCUCUCUGAGGGUGGCAGAAGGCCCUGACCUGAACCAGCCUGUCUUACAUUCCUUACUGCACUUCUCUUACGUGCCUUAUGCAAAUUUAUGUGCAUUAUUUUUUAUUAUGUGGAUCACCGUAUGUGCUUUACUCUUAAUGGAUCGCUCCAUCGUGCGACUGGAGCCAGCACACCACAGAAGCUCGCCGGAGUCUCUUUCUUACUGUCUGUAACCGAAGCUAGGUCAGAGGUUUAAGAUUUGUACGUUUUUGCUUUAAAUAUUAUGAAUAUCUCGUGCAUGGGCUUUGAUUUAUUAUAAAAAAAAAAAAUUAUGUUUUAUGUAAAGAGAUCAUGUUAUGUGUCUUUUCUUAGCUGUAAGUUUAGUUGCUCACCUGACUGAUUAAGGCCAAAGUGCUAGCGUAACUUCUCAGCAGGGCUGUAGUACAUGAGACGACGCUUCGGAUGAUUUGGAAAGAAAAACUUAAAGUACACUCCGCUCUCCUUCCUCACCAUGUUUUAUUUUGAAAACACUGUAGUUAAAGGAUGACUAAAAAAAAAAAAAAAGUAAGAUUAAGUCAUUGUGUCCCCUCCCCUCUGUGCUGAUCGAGUGAAGUCGGGUGAAGUUUUUUUUGUCAACAAAACAUUUCUGGAGCUUCUCAGCAAAACAGAGCUGCAGCUGCUAAAUAACAUAAUGGUUCCAUACACCUUGUCCGGAGUUAGCCAAGCCUCGAGAUCCCAAAUUGUUUUUAAGAUGUUAGUUACACAUUUUAAGCGUGGUCAAGCUUGUGCACCCACUUCAGACAGGGUGCGUGCUAAUGCUUUAACUUAACGGCUCUACAAUGCAUGAUGAGUUUGGCUGUAAUAAAUGUCUUUUUCAGAGACAUCUCAGAGCAGCUAGAGACUAUAACCACAGACCAUUUUAUAUUUUAGGUUGUUGUGUCUCCAGCUGCUUCAGUUGUUUAGCAGAACGCUGCAUCUCUGUUUUACUGUUAAGCUCCAGAAAUGUUUUGUCGACUACGACACCUCACAUGACUUUAUAUCAGCAUGAGGAGGGAAGAGAUGAUGACUGAAUUUUCAUUUUUGUGUGAAAUGUUCCUUUAGAAUAGUUCUCAGUUGGUUGGAUGUGAAUGAGCUCUUUGGAUCUGACCCACCUCGCCUCAUCCUAAACUCACACAAAUAUUCUUAUAUCUAUGCAAAUAUCUUUCACACCUGGUAUUUAACAGUAUUUGGAACAAAAAAAAAACUUGUCAUGCUCAUAUUGAGCUGUUGAACUCAAAACUUGAGGUUUUUAAUUUAAAAUAAUCAUUUAGAAUUUGUUGCAUGAUCAUGACAAAUCACAUCAGAUCCAGUGUCGACCGGUCAGGGUGUGGGUUUGUCUCGGACUGGACCGAACCGGACCGGGCGGGUCAUGACUGCAGCCCUGAACUGACCUGCUGUGCUUUUCUGCUUCUUGGCUCUGAGACACUUUGCACUCCUGCACCGGCGGCUCACACAGCUGUGCAGAUGUGCUCAUUCGUUGGCUUUCUCAGACGACUUACUGGAAAUUACAUUUCUUUUUAUCUCUCAAGGGAAGUUUAUCUAAAUGCUGAAACACAGAUUUUUGUCACCUUAUGAAAUCAGUUUAGUUAAACGUGUUUGUUUUAAUCUGUAAAACAUAGGAUGGGAUCCGAAAGUGUUGGCUGGAUAUGGAACACAGAGAUUUCUUUUUUUUUUUUUAAUGUCUUGUUGAAAAAAAACAUAGUUUCCCUUAUUUAUAUUUUCUGUUGUCAGUCGCCGUUGUGCUGUAGUGACGGAUCAUGUGAGCGAGCCUGAGGUUGUGCAGUAUUACAGUAACUAUACGUGUGAGUCCAGUAGAUGUCACUCUACACCAUCCAAUCUUUAGUUACGUGUUUAUUGUAUCAGAGAUUUGACUUAUUAUAAGAAGCCUUUAAUUGAGAUUGAAUGCAGACCGUUAUUGAACCAGAUGUUGAUUUCCUGCCUCGUGUUAAAGUUGCCGUGGAGGAGGCCGAGCUCUCUGUACAGUACUUUCCUUCUCACAGUCCAUCAAAUGUAUUUGACCUGUUUUAGAAUAAAGCUCUACAGAGGCAACGUGCA